CAGGAACCGGCCGGUUCUCCGGGUUCAUGUCGUUCAUGUGCAGCUGCCGGUGUUCUGCUGAGGCUUCUGGUCGCUGCUGUCUGCUGUCCCGGUGGAGGCUUCAGGGAGACUUUCAGCCAGACUUUAAGCUAGACUUUAAGCUCAGACUUGAGCUCGUCGGCGGUGUUAGUCGGAGCCCGGGCGGAGACCCCUGAGCCUUUCUGAAGGGGGCUCAGAGUACCAGGACCCUCUUCUGAUAGAGUCUACACCUCCAGCAGCAUGGAGCUCUCACUGGUGCAUCCAGCCGUCAAAGCGUUCAUGUGUGGAUCCCUGAGCGGGACCUGCUCCACCCUGCUGUUCCAGCCCCUGGACCUGGUCAAGACCCGCCUGCAGACCCUGCAGAGCAACGUGCAGCCUGGGUCUGGCCGGGUGGGGAUGAUGUCAAUUCUCCUCAGCGUGGUGCGGACAGAGAGGCUCCUGGGGCUGUGGAAAGGCGUUUCCCCGUCCUUCGUCCGCACCAUCCCGGGGGUGGGGAUCUACUUCAGCACCUAUUACUCUCUGAAGCAGCACUUCCUGCAGGACGGCGCCCCGGGGGCGGUGCAGGCCGUGCUGCUGGGAGGCGGUGCCCGGGCGGUGGCGGGGGUCGUGAUGCUGCCGGUCACCGUCAUCAAGACGCGCUUUGAAUGUGGCAGGUACAGCUACGCGAGUGUGAGCGGGGCUCUGCGCAGCGUGCUUCACACUGAAGGCCCUGCAGCGCUGUUCUCCGGCCUCAUGGCCACUCUGCUCAGAGACGUUCCCUUCUCCGGGAUCUACGUCAUGUUUUACAGCCAGGCUAAGGCCUCGUUGCCCGACGAGAUCAGCACGUCUCCUUCGGCCCCGCUGGCGAACUUCAGCUGUGGUAUUCUGGCGGGCGUUCUGGCCUCUCUGAUCACGCAGCCUGCAGAUGUCGUCAAGACUCACGUCCAGGUGAACACACAGCUGAAGACGGCCGAGGCCGUCAGAUUCAUCUACACGGAAUACGGACUCCGGGGAUUCCUCAGAGGAGCACUCCCUCGAUCGCUGAGGAGGACCAUGAUGGCCGCCAUGGCCUGGACGGUGUACGAGCAGAUGAUGGCGCACGUCGGGCUCAAGUCCUGAAGGGAAUCGUUGGUUGGCAGAGUGAUGAGCACAAAUAAAAUAAAAGUGCCGACAGGAACUGCUUUGGAAAGUAGCAAAGACUUGAAAUAUUUCAGCUGUGACGUGAGAAAAGCAUCAAGAGUACACGCUCUUCUCAGUGAAAAGACUGAUGUAGAAAGUCGACGGUACAAGGAGUUAGGUUGAAGCUGAGGAAUCAGACGUGUGCCUUGUAAUGCUGGAAGUGAAACUGUUUUGUUUUGAAUUGCACUAAAAGUUGUACAGAAGGACUGGUUUCUGCGUCAACGGCUGCGUUUGGACCGGAGCAGAAGGACUUCAGUAUCUCUGCUUUUUCCCUGCAGCGAUACGGUAGCGAUUCCCUUGAUUAUCACUCGCUCUCCCAGAUAGUUCUGCUGCUCAGGUCUAAGUGCACGACGGAUGUCAUGCACUUUGACCUGAGUGGUGGUUUAAAACCUCCAGAGACUCCCUGCCUUACCAAAAAGGUUUUAUAUUGUAAUGAGUUCAAUUAAAAGAGAAAAAGUUUUGAAUUUGCCUGAAAUGUAACGACAAGUGGUUUUAUAGGAAGUGCCUGUAUAUACUGUUUUUAUGGAUGUUUAAUAAAAU